AGUAACCAUCUCGGUUCAAGUGCUCAGUCAGAUCUACGUUUUGCCCACAGCGAAUUCGCGUUCAUCCGCGACUCCAUACUCCACAGCGGACGCCAUGUCUCCCUCGUCGGCCUGCUCAAUGUCUGCAGGAGCUCUGGAAGUCUGUCGUCGUCAAGAACACCUUCCUCGACAUAGACGCGGAGCCGAUGUACGACCGCCGCGCCCGCGCGUCGUCCACGCCCCCCGCACUGCUGCAGUGUGCGCCCAGCCGCCAAGGCAAGAGGGCGCCCUGCCAGGACUCGGGCAGUGCUCAGCGGGUGUCGUCACUAGGGGUUCACCACCACUGGAACUGGCAAACAACUGCUCAUGAUGAGGAACUGGUCCUGGGGGAAGAGAAGGCCCUGGCGCCCAGGAGCCGGUACCCUCAGGACCGAGGGACCUGGGCGACGCCGCCUCCACGGACGGCGGCGAGACGGCCUCGACUGGCGACGCGAGUUCGGUGGCGGGCGACCUCGAGUAGGCAGCUCCUCAGGGCAGAGCUCCAGUGGUGAGGUCGGUGGUCUCCUGUGUGGUGUGCGGUGUGCGCUCCUGGCGGAGCCAGCGGAACGGUGUCGUGGUACAGCCGGCGCUCCCCAUUGUUCGGAGCGCCUCGGAUCUACCAGGCGCGCGCCAGCAGUCUGGAGUCGGCCUCCCUUUUGGCGCCACUGCCUUAAAUGGUAGCGCGCGUGGUCUUCCUGAGAGGCAGGUCGGUUCUAUGCCGUCGGAGCGUGUCGUGCCGACGCAGCGGCGACCCCAGUGCGGGCGCUCGAGGUCAAACGCCGCUGGUGGCCCGGAAUCGACCGUCAUUGAACGAUCCGCGCCAUCGGAGAGCCGCGAUCGUUCAGGGUGGAAUAGUCCACGCGGCAUCAGAAGCCAACGCGCCAGUCUUCACGAGACGAACCCGCCGUAGGCAGGCGAGCUUAGUUAGUAGUAAAUGUAUAUGUGGCUGGUUUCUCUGGUACCUGGAGAGCCAGCCGCCGUCUGUUCCGUUGAUAUGGCGAGGCAGGGUCAUGGUAGCGGUGGAUCAUAGUGAUCAUCAUCAGCAUCAUCAC